UCUACCCCUGGUGCUGGCACAGCCUGGUGCGGGAGAGAGAGAGAGGGCUCCUGCUGAGAGCUGGGCACGUGUGCGCCGUGGAGGUCGGGCAGAGCAAGCCGCCUGGCAGGACCGAGGGAGCCCGGCGGCGUCUAACGCGAGGCGGCACAGCUCGGCGGGUGCCGUGGGAGGUAGCGGGGCGAUCGCAGAGCCGAGCCCAGAGCGCUGCGGGCACGGCCAGCGGGUGGAAGCGGCCAGUUCGGGAGCCACGCGCCAGGCAGGGAGCGACAUGAAGCGGCUGCUCGUGGCUGUCAGCGUCCUUCUGGCUGCAGGAUGUUCCGUGGCGGCGCCCGGAGCCGGGCUGGAAGUGCUGCGGGGCCCGGCCUUCCACGAGGCGAGCGGCGGCCGGUCCAUCGCGCGGCUGCUCCGGAGCGGGCUGGAGGAGGAGCGCGACCCGGACGGCGGCGGGGUCUCGUCGGGGGAUUAUUUCCUGGAGCUUCCGAGAGUUGCCUUCUUGUCCAAGCCAGAAGGUUUGGUUACUCCAAAAAAAGAAGGGAAAGGGAAGAAAAGGAGGAAGGGCAAAGGCAAGGGGAAGAAGAGAGACCCAUGUCUGCGAAAGUACAAGGACUUCUGUAUUCAUGGAGAAUGCAAAUACAUCAGUGAACUGAAAGCUCCAUCCUGCAUAUGCCAGCCAGGGUACCAUGGCGAGCGGUGCCACGGCCUCACUCUCCCUGUGGAAAACCCCUCCACCAGUUAUGACCAUACCACAGCGUUGGCCGUCGUAGCGGUGGUGCUCUCCUCUCUGUGUCUCAUCAUCAUCGCUGCAUUGCUGAUGCUCAGGUGUCACAAAAGAGGAGUUUAUGAUGUAGAAAACGAAGAGAAAAUUAAGUUGGGCAUCACCGGAAACCACUGAUGGCAUCGCGGUGGCCUGCAAGGAUUCAGCAGUGAAGCGAUUCUACCUCCACCAAGAAGCCAGUCAUAGCAACUUAAGACUCUGUUUAUUGGACCUCUUGAAACACCAACAGGAGUGGAAGGGGAGUAUCUGUUUUUGGGGGUUGUGUCAGGGAAUGACUUCACUGAAACACACAUCUCAAUGAGCCAGCCUGAUCUGCUGGAAUGAAAGAAGGUGGCAGGAAUGGCGACUUCCUGCUGGAUGGUUUCCAAUAAGCAGUGGAAUUCCUUGAGGAGUCUCAGCUGAAGGGCUCCUGCUGAGGAUGGAAAGCUGGACCUUCGCUUUAGUGCUUUGCUAGAGACUGAAGAGUAACUAAAACCAAACCUGAAUUUGGAUCCUUCAAACGCACGCUGAGGAACUAACUGUGAAAGACUUCAACUCCGCGGAGACUGACUUUGCGGCUUUAUUAGAUGGGGGCUGGGGAGGGAAACUAUUUAACAAGAUAUUUUUCAUGUUAAAUUAUAUAUUUAUUUUAGAUAUACUGUACAUAGUAUUUAUUUAGGGUCUGAUCCUGUAGUCUGGAAAUCAAUGGGAUCUUUACCGUGAGUUCAGACGGCAGGAUUGGCCCUCACUUUUUAAUGUGUAACAUAAUGGUCUAAUAAUUAACACUUUGUUACAAAUGCUUAGAUAUUAUUUAAUGAUGACUGGAAAAGGAGUCAGAUAAUUUUAAUAUGACAGAUUUGGAACGGUGUGUCCUUACUAACUAUUGUCCAUGAAUAUUUCAUGUGGCACUAUAAGGGGAAAAAUACGGACAGCAUGAGCCAGAAACCAGAUUUCAAUACUUCUGCAUGUCCCCUUCUCCCUUCUUGCUGAGAAACAGCAGGCGAGGGGAAUCACAUGUAUGGGGGCAAACUCAGACCUGUUGUAAGUGAGUGCAGCUCCACUGAAUCUGACCUAUACUGUCCAAACAUUUCUGUUAUUCAAAACCAGCCUCUGCAAUUGAAAAAAGGGGUGGAUUGAUUCAAAAUCCAAAGCCUAGGCCAAACACCAAAGGUGCAGGAGACAAACAUAGGGGGAAUUAUCUCAAGAUAGGCUCUACGUGGUUGCCAGGACCCCAAGGAAGUCUUAUGGGCUCUCUUCCCUCAUGGAGAUUCCUGAAGUCCCCGCAUUAGAACAAGUUUGAGUUCUUAUGUGUGUCAGAUUUCAGAGGCUGCAGUGAGCGACCUCAUAUUGUUACAUCCUGUGCUUCCAAAACAGGUUCAGAUGUUACAAUCAAAAUAAAAAUAACCCAAACUCA